ACAACCAGAUUCUACCAUUAUCUACGCUCUGGCGAAUUCGCUUGUGAUGAAGAACCUGAAUACCAGCCAAAACAAGAUGUAGCGGCUAUUAAGUCGUUGUACCAGAUGGAAGGUAUUCCAGAUUAUGAGUCUUCGUCUGAGGAUGAAGAUGAUGGUUAUUUUAAUACAGCAGUGGCUAUGGAAGAAAUUGAUUUAGAAGUAAUGCCUCUACCAAAUAUUAUUUGGACACCCACUAUGUAUUUAUUGAAAAGCAUCCUACUUGUAUUGUGAAGGAUGCUACAGAAUCCCUUUGUGAGGCUUUUCAAGGCUUAAUAAUUGACGAGUCCACUGUAUAUCGUCACAUUACUGAAAAGCUUGAGUUUACUUUGACUCGCACAGUAAAUAUUUUUUACAGUUGUCUGUGACAUUUUAUUUAGAUAGGAUUGCCUUUUAAGCAAUCUUCAAAUAUGUUUUUAGAGUAUGCCAAUUGAAUUGAGAAAGAGUGUGUUGCUGGCUGUAAGAGCCCCAUAAAUAAUUACUUUAGGCUUUUUUCUCAAAAGGUGGAUUUUUCUUUUUUAGACAAGCUGCCAAACUCGAGACAAAAUGGUACAACUUCCCAAUU